UCACGGCAUUGGAAUAUGAAAAUAUGAAAUGAAAGGAAAACUAUCAAAAAAUUUUGAUUUUUUUCAGUGUUUUCUUCUAUUUUCUAUCUUGUAAUAUCUUAUAAUUAUCAUUAAUUCAAUAUUAUGUUAUUCGCUGUACAUUCUUCAGGCAAUUGAAAUUGUUACAAGAAAAAAACAAGUAUGUUUGGAGUAAUUAAGACCAGGCCGCUUGUAGAAGUCAUCUGCAAAAAUCAUCUCUUGAAAUACAACAAAUGUUUCAAUUCCACCAGUACUGCUGCGAACCAGUUCGUGCACCCUGUCAAAGACCAACCUAAAAACGCCGAUAUUGAUUUAAAUGUUCGUCAUAUAUAUCCUGAAUUUUUGCCGGACCCAAAUUUGAAGAUGAGAAAUCAUAUCAGAGAGAAAUUAGAACGUUCUGACAUGUUGAAGAGAAGAGCUCAUAUCGAAUUACCCGAGUUUUACGUAGGCAGCAUUUUGGCAGUGACUUCAUCGAAUGUUCAUGCACCCAUGAAAACUACUCGUUUCUUAGGUAUCUGUAUUCAGCGUGAAGGCUGCGGAUUGAGGGCAACUUUUACUCUUCGAAACACGGUGGAUAAUCAAGGUAUUGAAAUUACGUACGAUCUUUAUGAUCCUAAGAUUCAAAAAGUAGAAGUUAUUCGUUUGGAGAAAAGAAUUGAUAAAGAUAUUCGCUAUUUGGCCGAUGCUGAACCUGAAUACACAACUUUCCCUAUGGACAUGGAACCAGAAUAUCUAGCUGAAGGAGAAACUGUACCAGUGAAUCCAAUACAAGUCAAAUUGAAACCCAUACCUUGGAGAGCUCGUUACGAAAUAAAAGACUAUAAAGGAAUUAAGGAUUACGAUCUACCCGAAUAUCGAUGGAAAUUAGCUGGCAGGGUGCAAAAAAUUCCUGAAGAGUAUGUGAAAAACGACUUGAUGCAAAUUUACAGAAAUACAAUUCCAGAAGAUGAGCAGAAAGAAAUUUUCACGGAAGUCUUAUCUGAAAUUCAGAAGUAUGAGAUCAAGAGAAGGAAAAUUAAACGUAGAUCCGGUUUCGUUCCUCCUAAAAAAUCAGCGUAAUAUGUGGAUGUGGAUGAUAAUUUACUGUACAUAUUUCACGAGUAUUAAUAAAACUACUGUUGACUUUUCAAA